AUGUCUAUGAGCAAAUGUUUCAGGGUUUAUCACAAAUUAGAUCCACCAUUUAGUGUUCUGCUAGAGAACAGAUCCAAGAUGGAUGGAGAGACCUUAUUAUUUGAAUCUAACAUCAUCGCCACGCUAUCCCCUACUCAAACAGAAGCAAUCAAGAAGCCCUACAUUAAAUUACUGGAUUGUUAUGGCUGUCUUGGGGUACUCGAUCUGCCUCUUACUAGGGAAACGUCAACAUCGAUGCUUGCACUUGUAACCGGCUGUGUGUCAGUCGGGAAGAUAGGCGAAUCAGAUAUAUACAGAAUUUCAGCUGUCAACUUUCUAUCGCUACAAAAUCAAUCCCAAGAUGAGGAGCGGUUGACGGAGUUGAGAAAGUUUUUAAGUGCUGGAACUUUUUAUUUUUCUUGGACUUCAUCCACUUCCUCUUCUGCGACGACAUCUUCCGACAAUCAGUUUAAUUUGAUUAUACGUAGAAAAAAACCCAUCAAAACACCUGCAAACCAACCAAUCAGGAACAAAACAUUUCACAUUCCAUUACGUCAUUUUGGAAUUGACUGCUCCGAUUGGCUGCUAAAAAUAAUCUGUGGGGGCGUGGAAAUCCGGACCGUGUACGCUGCCCAGAAGCAGGGAAAGGCGUGUCUAAUUUCUCGUUUGAGUUGUGAGAGGGCAGGCACGAGGUUCAACGUGCGAGGAACCAACGACGACGGCCAGGUCGCUAAUUUCGUCGAAACUGAACAGGUAAUAUACAUGGAUGACGAUGUGUGCUCCUUUAUACAAACGCGUGGAUCUGUUCCAUUGUUCUGGGAGCAGCCUGGAUUUCAAGUCGGGUCACACAAGGUCAAAAUGUCACGAGGCUAUGAGGCGUCUGCCCCGGCCUUUGAGCGCCAUUUGAACCACUUGCAAGAAAACUAUGGAAAAAAUGUGAUUGUAAAUUUGCUGGGGUCCAAGGAAGGGGAACAUGUUCUUAGUCAGGCGUUUAAAAACCAACACAGUAACUCGAAACGUCACGGCAGUGAAGUGCCGUUCGUCGCGUUUGACUACCACCAAGAAUGUCGUGGUGGAAAUCUACGAAAUCUCCAAAAGCUGAACGAUGUCAUCAAGAAGUAUUACAACGAGUUCGGCUUCUUUAGUCGCCAGCCAUCUUCUAAAUUGGUCGAUAAGUUACAGACAGGUUGCAUAAGGACAAAUUGUCUCGAUUGCUUGGAUAGGACCAACUCGGUUCAGACUUUGAUUGGACUUGAGGUUCUGAACCAGCAACUCGAGGACCUGGGCCUGAUUAGUAAGCCGCAGAUGAGAUCGCGAUUCGAGGAAGUGUACAGGAGCAUGUGGAUGGCCAACGGUGACCACAUCAGCAGAAUAUACGCGGGCACCGGAGCCCUGGGGGGUGGCAGGUCCAAAGCCCAGGAUGCAGCGAGAUCUGCCAACAGAACCUUCCAGAAUAACUUUCUGGACAGCCAGAAACAAGAGGCCAUAGAUUUGUUGCUGAGGGGCGGGGCUAUCGGCGGGGUGGACCUCGUCGACAGGGUUUUUACCCUUUUCGAUACUGCAGAUAUACACUUACCGCCUCCAAUACUACAACGAGUGAUGGCGAACGUGUUGGACUAUUGUAGCCUUGCCAGUGUACGAAUUAGCGUCGGGACAUGGAACGUAAAUGGCGGGAAACACUUCAGAAGUAUCGCUUUUAAACACGAGCUCGUCACUGAUUGGCUGCUCGAUCUGCCGACUCUGACCAAUCAGAAUAAUCCGGGCAUGCUGCAGGCAGACGUUGAUUACAGCAAGCCAUCCGACAUCUUCGCCAUUGGUUUCGAAGAGAUUGUAGAUUUGAAUGCUGGCAAUAUUGUCAAUGCUAGCACUCAGAACCAGAAGGAUUGGGCAUUGUACCUGCAAAACAAUCUUUCGAGAGAUAUGAAGUACAUCAUACUAACUUCAGCUCAGCUCGUUGGCGUCUGCUUAUUCGUAUUCAUUCGCCCUUCUCUCGCUCCUUAUAUAAAAAACUUGUCGGUGUCGACUGUUAAAACGGGGUUGGGCGGUGCUGCCGGUAAUAAGGGGGCCGUCGGUAUUCGAUUUCAAAUUCACAACUCAUCGGUCUGUUUCGUCUGCUCACAUUUCGCCGCCGGUCAAUCGAACGUUCGAGAACGAAAUUCCGAUUUUCAAGAUGUUUGCAGUAAAAUUAGUUUUCCGAUGGGUCGUCACGUGUGGAAUCACGACCACAUCUUCUGGUGCGGCGACUUCAACUACCGCAUCGACCUGAUGAAAGAUGAGGUCAAGAAUCAUGUGGCUCAGAAGAACUGGUCGCUUCUACAAGCCAGUGAUCAACUUAACGUGCAGAGAUCGGCCGGGCAGGUUUUUAAAGGGUUCAACGAGGGGCCCACUAAUUUUGCCCCGACCUACAAAUAUGACCUGUUUUGCGACGACUAUGAUACGAGCGAGAAGUGUAGGGUGCCUGCGUGGACUGAUAGGGUCAUGUGGGCUUCUAGAAACUACCCGGGCAAAGAAGGAACCCACGUGGCUAGCAGCCGUCUGAUCCUGUACAACAGAUCGGAACUGAAGACGUCUGACCACAGACCUGUCAUGGCCAUCUUUGAUGUCAACCUCUUCAAAUCCGAUCCGGACAAACGUAGCCAGACAUUGAAAAACGCCAUCCUACAGCACGGUCCCAGCGACCGUUGCAUCGUCGUUGACGUCAUGAACGAUGAUGAUGACAAUGGUGAUGAGGUCUUGGAUGACUCUCUUAUUGAUUCUGUUCUGGAAUGCCUAUCUGAGGCCGGGGAGAUUGUUCUCGUUAGAUUUGCAUCGAAUCGAACUAUGCUGCUGACCUUCCGAACGAGUCCACAGGCUCUUGCCAGUUUGCGGUACAACAAUCAGCGAGUGGCCAAUAAGAUUCUUCGCGUUCAGAUUCAAAAUUCAAACUGGUUGGCCAAUCACUGCGAAGAGAUAAGAAAAGCCGCGACGCGAUUGGUUGCAGCAACGGAAGAAGGAAAUGAUGAUGGAGUUAGUUCGACCAAUGACGAUGCCGAUUUGUUGCUUUCGUUUGAAUGUGAAGCAAUGGCGUCUGAAAUACCGAACAUACCUCCGAGACCGUUAAUACCGACGAGACCGGCUCCUUCCAUGCCGCCGAUACCACAACGACCGAAUGUGGCAGCUGCCGAUACGAACGAUGCCGUCGUAGCACCUCAGCCACCGAGCAUACCUGCCAGGAGUGGUCAACAGCUGCCACCUACCAUUCCGCCGAGGCAUAAUCCCAUCUAG